AUGGCGGGUCAGAACCGCAACCUCAUAAACAGAAAAUCCUCUCACAUCAACACUGUGGGCGAGUUUACAGACAGGGACUUGUGUUCGCUAAGCGUGUGUGUGUGUGUGUGUGUGUGUGUGUGUGUGUGUGUGUGUGUGUGUGUGUGUGCACGCGUGCACUAUGACAGACUUCCAUCCCUCCCUGGGUCUUCCCUGCCUUCACCCAUUCCUUGGCUAAGCUCCAGCUUCCCUGUGGAUGUGGACUGGAUCAGCACUGAUGAAGAACAGGAGGACCUCAUCUGCCCUAUUUGCUUCGACAUCUACACAGAUCCGAUCGUCUUGCCGUGCAGCCAUAGUUUUUGUAGAGUUUGCACAGAGCAAUUCUGGGACCGUAAUGAAUGUCAGCAAUGCCCAGUUUGUAUGCAAAGGUUCGUUAACUGUGAAUUGCUCUGUAACCGUGCUCUGAAGAACCUCUGCGAGGCUUUCAAAAAUCAGAGAUGCCAAGUAACGGAAGACUCUCAAGGACUCUGCCUUUUACACGGGGAGCAACUUAAGGUCUUCUGCCUUGUGGACAAAGAGGCCAUCUGUGUUGACUGCCUCACGCAAACGCAUAAAGGUCACAAGAUCUGCUCAACGGGAGAGGCUGUCCGGCACCAUAAGGAUAAACUCCGGAAAGUACUGCAGGAAUUCCAGAAAAGGAAACAGCUUUUUCACAAAGUAAAAUCUACAUUUCAAGAUACAGUGAAGCAUAUAGAGGGACAAGCCAGGCACACGGAGCAACAGAUUCAAAAGGAGUUUCAAGAGCUCCAUCAGCUUCUACAGGACCAGGAGGCGACCAGAAUUCUAGAGCUGCGAGAGGAGGCAGAGAGGAAGAGAACUGCAAUGAAUAAAAAGAUUGAACAGCUAACCGAUGAGAUUUCCUCUCUCUCAGAUACCAUUAAUACCAUAAAGCCACUGUUUACCAGUGAUAACAUCUCAGUCCUGCAGGAGCAUAUUUCCAUAGCAAAUAAGUCCAGUCAUGAAAUACAGGAUUUAGAGGUCGGUCCGAGAGUUUUGAUUAAUGUGGCCCAGUACCUGAGCUCUCUGAAGUACAGGGUAUGGAUGACGAUGAUGCAGACUGUACAACAUGUGCCCGUGACUCUUGACCCAAACACUGCAGCCCCCCAACUUGUCCUGUCUGAAGAUCUGACCGGCCUGAGAGCGACCGGUGAGAAUCAGCAGCUCCCUAACAACCCAGAGAGGAUUAUCGGCUACAAAGGGGUCCUGGGCUCUGAAGGAUUCAGUUUUGGGAAACACAGUUGGGUGGUUGAUGUUGGAAGUAACACCGAAUGGGCUCUGGGCGUGGCGAGAGAAUCCAUAAAGAGGAAGGAAGUGAUUACAGCAUCUCCAGAAGAGGGAUUCUGGGCUAUAGGGUGGUUUUCUGGUAAAUGUUUAACCGCAACCUCACCACCAACGUGUCUUACGAAACAAAGACUUGCAAGAAUCAGGAUUAAGCUGAACUUAGAAAAGGGGACUCUGAAAUUCUUUGACCACACCAAGAACAGCCCUCUGCACACUGUUACUCCUAAAUUCACUGGCAAGAUAUUUCCUUAUUUCUUCACAAGCCAAAGCCAGCCUCUCGUAAUCCAGCCAGAAAUUGUAUGUGUCACUUCACGAUAGCUUACAGGAUUAUGCAUCCAUCUUCUGACUUGUACUGGAUGUAUGGGGUUUGGGGGGGCCUGGGGAAUCGCACAAGCAGCAUACAGCACAAGAAAGAGGUGGAUUCUGGAUGGGGUGCAAACCCAUAGCAGGCAAUACAUACCAUUUAGCAAAAAUAACGAACCUAACCGCAGGUCUUUGGACUAUGGGAUUCGCCGAGCAAUGGUAUAAUCCGAAUCCCCGAACCUGGAUGUAUGAUGCAGUAGUGCUUUCCACUAAUCUACCUUACAGAAUUACAGUCUUCCUUAUAGAAAUUCUCAGUAAAAUGUAAAGAAUUGCUAAAAUACGACACAACUGCUAACAUUUGAAUGCAUAGUCAAUGAACAGCUAAUGAAAGCUGUUCAAGUAACAAUUCAAGUAACCAGUGGCGUAGGAGAGAGUUUGAAAAUGGGAGGAAAGCAACUUAGUGAUGUAAAUACAAAGAUCUGUUUACUGGGGGAUAAAUGAAGGCAAAUAAAAUUCUGUGGGGGGGGGACCCAUCAACAUGUUCUCUCUUGUUAAAUUAUAUUUUCAGUUUCCAGUUCUCCUGCAUCCUGCACCGACCUUUAUGUCUCACAGUGUCAGUGCGAGGGAUCAAACUAUUUGAAAUAUAUAAUAUCACUGAAAUUAGCUCUAGGCUUUAUUCAUUUGCAGUAGACAUGCUUUAUUUUCAACUGACUUACGCUUUGAUAUUGUCAUCAUAAAUAUGUAAGGAUUACCAUGUCUGAUAAAUGGAAUUGAUUUUUUUGCUGCUAAAUAAGGGAAUAAAAGAAAGUGAAUUCAUUAGGUUUUUGUUAAGGGUUUUUUAGAUAUAUGCCAGACAAUAAGUUGUCCCACUUUUCCGACUUCCAGUGACCUCUGGAGAAAGCGCCUGUCGAAUGAAUUCAUGUAACGGCAAAAUGUAAAAUGGAAUAA